AUGGCCGCUCCCUGUACCGUGCUUUCCAUGUCUAAGGUUAUUAAACCGCUUUGGGGUGGACGGCUGGGAAAUACGGUCAAACUACUGGGACCGACACUGACAAGUCUUAGAGAGAAGUCAUCUCUCACUGGAGAAAAUAUUCCCCCUCCUGCUAAGUAUGGAGGUAGACACACAGUGACCCUCAUACCUGGAGAUGGAAUUGGUCCAGAGCUGCUUAACCAUGUCAGAGAAGUCUUCAGGUUCAGCUGUGUGCCAGUGGACUUUGAAGUUGUGCCGGUCAACUCUUCUUUGGCCACAGAGGAUGACAUUAAUAACGCCAUCACUGCCAUCCGCCGCAACGGAAUUGCCCUGAAAGGUAAUAUAGAGACCAACCAUUCUAUGCCGCCUUCUGUCAAAUCCAGAAAUUAUCUCCUUCGCACCAGCCUAGACCUGUAUGCCAAUGUGAUGCACUGCAAGUCUCUCCCUGGGAUCCAGACUCGCCAUAAGAACAUUGACAUCAUGAUCAUCAGGGAGAACACAGAGGGAGAGUACAGCAGUCUGGAGCAUGAGAGUGUAUCAGGGGUAGUGGAGAGUCUCAAGAUCAUCACCAGGAACAACUCUUUCAGGAUCGCUGACUAUGCCUUCAAAUUGGCCAGGGAGAAAGGUCGCCACAGGGUCACUGCUGUGCACAAGGCCAACAUAAUGAAGCUUGGUGAUGGUUUGUUUCUACAGUGCUGCAAGGAGGUGGCUGCUGGUUACCCAGACAUCACAUUUGACAGCAUGAUUGUGGAUAACACCACCAUGCAGUUGGUGUCCAACCCAGAGCAGUUUGAUGUGAUGGUGAUGCCCAAUCUGUAUGGGAAUGUGGUAAGUAAUGUGUGUGCCGGUCUUGUGGGAGGACCUGGCCUGGUGCCUGGAGCUAAUUAUGGUCGGGCCUAUGCUGUCUUUGAAACGGCCACAAGGAACACUGGGAAGAGUAUUGCAGAUAAGAACAUUGCUAACCCCACUGCCAUGUUGCUUGCCAGCUGUAUGAUGCUCGACCACCUCAAGCUUUAUGACUAUGCCAGUUCAAUCCGUAAUGCUGUCUUCGAAACCAUGAAUGAAGCAAGGCUGCAUACAGCUGACCUCGGGGGACAGGGCACCACAUCAGAGGUGGUUCAGUCUGUCAUGAGAAUCAUCCAGAGUAAAGGACAGCUCACCUCUGAGCUCUAAACCCCAGAGUGACCCUGAACACCACUGCUGAGGAGGACUCAAACACUCACUUAUUGUAAGUGUGUGUUUGGAUAGGUGUCUGUAUCAAGGACAGCUGUACAUCGUGAAAGAGAGUGUCCAUGCAUGUCUGUCUCUAUAGUAAUGGUUUAUAUUGAUAACAGAAUGGCUGUUUUAUUAUUUUGUGUGCAUGUGUAUGUUCACACUUGACCAGUUCACUGUACAAGAUACCUUUUUUCCCCUCUCAUGUGUGAGCCUCAUAUACUGUCCUCUGAUAUCCUACCCUGUAUUUAUUUAACACAAGUUACUUAACACAAGUUUCUUUUUAUAAAUGAUAUCUUUUUUGAAUUUUGGGAAAAACCUGGCUGAUUCCUUAGCAUUGAGUGUCCAAGAGUGACACAGCAUGUAAGAGUAAAUUGAAACUACUACUACUACAUUCGGCUGCUCCCUUUAGGGGUCGCCACAGCGGAUCAUCCAUUUCCAUCUCUUCCUGUCCUCUGCAUCUUCCUCUGUCAUGCCAGCCACAUGCAUAUCCUCCCUCACCACAUCCAUAAACCUCCUCUUUGGCCUUCCUCUUUUCCUCUUCCCUGCCAGCUCCAUAUUCAGCAUCCUUCUCCCAGUAUACCCAGCAUCUCUCCUCUACACAUGUCCAAACCAUCUCAAUCUUGCCUCGCUUGCUUUGUCUCCAAACCGUCCAACCUGAGCUGUCCCUCUAAUAUACUCAUUCCUAAUCCUGUCCUUCUUCAUCACUCCCAAUGAAAAUCUUAAUAUCCUCAACUCCACCACCUCCAGCUCCUCCUCCUGUCUUUUCAUCAGUGCCACUGCCUCCAAACCAUACAACAUAGCUGGUCUCACUACCAUCUUUUAAACCUUCCCCUUAACUCUUGCUGGUACCCUUCCGUUGCAAAUCACUCCUGACACUCUUUUCCACCCACUCCAUCCUGCCUGCACUCUCUCCUUCACUUCUCUUCCGCACUCCCUGUUACUUUGAGCAGUUGAUCCCGACUAGUUAAACGACUCCACCUUCAUCACCUCUACUCCUUACAUCCUUACCAUUCCGCUGUCCUCCCUCUCAUUCACACAUACAUAUUCCGUCUUGCUUCUACUGACUUUCAUUCCUCCUCUCUCCAGUGCAUGCCUCCACCUCUCCAGGCUCUGCUCAACCUGCACCCUACUCUUGCUACAGAUCACAAGGUCAUUGGCGAACAUCAUAGACUCCACAGAGACUCCUGCCUGAUCUUGUUCGUCAACCUGUCCAUCACCAUUGCAAACAAGAAAGGGCUCAGGGCCGAUCCUUAAUGUAAUCCCACCUCCACUUCUAACCCAUCUGUCAUUCCAACCGCACACCUCACCACUGUCACACUUCCCCCAUACAUAUUUUGCCCCACUCCUACAUACUUCUCUGUCACUCCCGACUUCCUCAUACAAUACCACACACCCUCUCUCGGCACCCUGUCGUAUGCUUUCUCUAAGUCCACAAAGACACAAUGUAACUCUUUCUGACCUUCUCUAUAAAUUCUCCAUCAACAUUCUCAAGCAAACAUCGCAUCUGUAGUGCUUUUGUGGCAUGAAACCAUACUGCUGCUCACUAAUCGUCACUUCUCUUAACCUAACUUCCACUAUUUCCCAUAUCUUCAUGCUGUAGCGGAUCAACUUUAUACCUAUGUAGUUGCUACAGCUCUGCACAUCACCCUUAUUCUUGAAAAGCUGUACCAGUAUGCUUCUUCUUCACUCCGCAGGCAUCCUCUCACUUUCCAAGGUUGUGUUAAACAAUCUAUUUAAAAACCCCACUGCCAUCUCUCUUAAACACCUCCAUGCCUCCACAGCUAUGUCAUCUGGACCAACUGCCUUUCCACUCUUCAUCCUCUUCAUAGCUACCCUCACUUUCUCCUUGCUAAUUCACCGUACUUCCUGAUUCACUAUCCCCACAUCAUCAAACCUUCUCUCUCGCUCUCAUUUUCCUCAUUCAUCAGCCCCUCAAAGUACUCCUUCCACCUUCUCAACACACUCUUCUCACUUGUCAGCACAUUUCCAUCUCUAUCCUUGAUCGCCCUAACCUGCUGCACAUCCUUCCCAGCUCAGUCCCUCUGUCUAGCCAAUUGGUACAAGUCCUUUUCUCCUUCCUUCGUGUCUAACCUCAUACAACUCACCAUAUGCCUUUUCCUUUGCCUUUGCCACCUCUCUCUUUGCUUUAUGCCGCAUCGCUGUACUUCUGUCUACUUUAUACAGCUCUUUGACUAUCCCUGUUCUUCUUUGCCAGCCUCUUUCUCUGUAUACUUUGCUGUACAUCCUCAUUCCACCACCAAGUCUCCUUUUCUUCCUUCCUCUGUCCAGAUGACAUACCAAGUACCCUCCAGCUGUCUCCCUCACUGUUUCUGCAGUGGUUGCUCAGCCAUCUGGCAACUCUUCACUACCACCCAAUGCCUGUCUUAACUCCUCCCUGAACUCCACACAACAGUCUUCCUUCUUCAUCUUCCACUGUUUUAUCCUUGGCUCUGCCUUCACUCUCUUCCUCUUCUGGGUCUCCAAAGUCAUCCUACAGACCACCAUCCGAUGCUGCCUAGCUACGUUCUCCCCUGUCACCGCCUUGCUGUCUCCAAUCCCUAUCAGAUUGUGCCUUCUACAUAAGAUAUAGUCCACCUGUGUGCACUUUCCUCCACUCUUGUAUAUCGCCCUGUGUUCCUCUCUCUUCUUGAAAUAUGUAUUCACUACAGCCAUUUCCAUCCUUUUCGCAAAAUUCACCACCAUCUGUCCUUCCACAUUUCUCUCCUUGACACCAUACCUACCCAUCACCUCCUUAUUACCUCUGUUCCCUUCACCAACAUGCCCAUUUAAGUCCGCUCCAAUCAUCACUCUCUCCUCCUUGGGUACACCCUUCACCACUUCAUCCAACUCACUCCAGAAUUCUUCUUUCUCUUCCAUCUCACACCCAACUUUUGCACAUAUGCACUGAUAACAUUCAUCAACACACCUUCGAUUUCCAACUUCAUAUUCAUCACUCUGUCCGACAUUCUCUUUACCUCCAACACACUCUUGACAUACUCUUUCUUCAGAAUUACCCCUACCCCAUUGCUCCUCCCAUCCUCACCAUGGUAGAAGAGUUUGAACCCACCUCCAAUGCUCCUGGCCUUACUCCCCUUCCACCUGGUCUCUUGCACACACAGUAUACCUACCUUUGUUCUCGCCAUCAUAUCAGCCAGGAGUUCUGACUCUCACCUCCACACUCUUACCUUUCCUCCUCCCCCGCUGCCUCUGGACAAGACUUCCCCCUCUCCUUCUCCUUCACCCAACAGUAGCAUAGUUUCCACCGGCACCUGGCUGGCCAAUAGUACCGGUGGCGGUCGUGGGUAACCCGGGCCUCCACCUAUCCAGUAUGGAAAUCUGAUUUAUGAUCCACAUAUUUGAUUCGGCAAAGGUUUUACGCUGGAUGCCCUUCCUGACACAACCCUCCCCAUUUAUCCUGGCUUGAGACUGGCACUAAAAAUGCACUGGCUUUUGCAUCCCCAGUGGCUGGGUUUAAGAGUAAACCAAAAUAUAAACAACGAAGCCAUGCGCAUAUGGGUCUACUCCAUACUUUGUAUUAAGUCAGCUUAUCAACUGCUCACUUAUUCCACGAUCCACUAUGCAGUCUAUGUGGAUUAUCUGUGAAUAUCAAAUGUUAAGAUUAAGUAAUGUGCCAUUCUUUUCAUUUAACCCAAAUGCACAGAUGUAAUUUUGCCUUAAUGUUUUUGAGUUACUGUAAUUUUAACAUUGUUACCUGUUAGACCCUGUUCUUUCUUAUGUGCCCACAAAUUAUCUGGUUUACCUUGCUAUUGGUUAAGCAGCAGCUUCUUUUAUACUGUAUCAGUGAAGAAAACCAAAAUUGUAUAUCAGAUGCCAGUUAAGUUUUUCUGUUUGUGCCAUAAUAAUUAUCUAUUGAGCUCAAUUUUCAAUUACAUAUUGGCUCAGAUCACAGGGAUAUUUUGUUAUCUUUUGAGUCAAAAUCCAUUAUAGCAAGAGCUGUUGAAUCUGGACAUUAAAAGACCCAUAUUACUUAGAACUGUGGACAAUGAAUAUGCGAAAUAAAAUGAUCAAUGAA